GUGGCAGAAAAUCAGGAAACAAACCGCCGCUGCGAGUCAACAGAAAGCUCUUCAUCAUGGCCUACCAGGCUGGGAUUCCAGAGGAGCCCAAUGCUUUAGUUCAAAACAUCAGCUCCAACAUCCAGAAGCUCACACUGCUGACCUCUGAGCUUCAGAGGGCAGUGUCUCUGCUGGGGACAGAGCAGGACAGCAGCCAGCUCCGACAGACACUGCAACAGAAACGGCAACAAGGCAACCAGCUGGCCAAGGAGACUGACCGACUGAUCAAGGCUUUCAGUGCACUUCCUGUUGGCCCUGAUCAGCGGCAAAGAAGGAUACAGAAAGAUCGUCUGUUGAAUGACUUCUCCGCUGCCUUAAACAGCUUCCAAAAGACCCAGCGGCAGGCGGCCGACAAAGAGAGAGAGUUUGUGGCCAGAGUCAGAGCCAGCUCCAGGGUGUCGGGAGGCCAGCCCGAGGACGGCUUUGGAGAUGUGUCUCCAUUCCCAAGUGACUCCCAGGUGCAGGCUCAGACCGAAGCCAUCACUGAAGACGACCUGAAGCUGAUUCAGGAGAGAGAGUCGGCCAUCAGGCAGUUGGAGUCUGACAUCACCGAUAUCAAUGACAUCUUCAAAGACCUGGGCAUGAUGGUGCACGAGCAGGGAGACAUGAUAGACAGUAUCGAAGCCAAUGUGGAGAGUGCAGAUGUGAAUGUCCAGAACGCCACCCAGCAGUUAGCGCGUGCUUCAGACUACCAGAGGAGCUCCCGGAAGAAGAUUUGCAUCCUGAUGAUACUGUUGGCUGUAGUUGCUGUUGUAAUAGGACUUAUCAUCUGGGGAUCUGUCGGCAAAUGAGGGCUUCUUCCUCUCCUCUUCAGUCAUCAGCCUGAACAAAGGAUGAAGUACGGUCUUUCCUCCCCUCCACCUCCUCAUUUUCUCGCCCCAACCUUCUCAUGAGACGAGUCGUUCAGACUGUCUUUCUUUGGUUUGAUUAUAUUUUAAAGAUUCUGUGGUCCUCAUUGACAGGAUUGCACAGUCCUUCACUGUGAAACCAAACUAGCGCUGGUAGCUUUAUUGUUAUAAUCGGCUUUAAUUGAUUUAUUUGUCUCUGAUUUUAGCUAUGAUUUUCUUAGACAGGAAAGUGUAAAGAUUUUCAUCCUCAACUGUUUGUCAGAUGAAGGCACAAGUGCAGGUGGAGUAUUUCUGUGUUCACUUGCAGUCAUUGUUGCUGAGUAACUAUUCCUGCUGCCUUGAUAAUGCUGAGAAUAUCUCCAUUGAACUGAAUGUUAAAUAAUAUUUAGUAUAGACAAUGCUUCUUGAUACAAUGAAGCAGCAAGUGCGUGCAGACAGGUAAGAGGGGAUUCACCUUCAGAUCCUUGUCUUCAAACUGUCAUAUUUCUGCAGCUGCUUUCUUUUAUCAGGUUACAUAUGAAAAUUUCACAUGCUAAAAGUUUCUCUGCAUCUUAACAAUGAAUCAAGUGCACUAUUUAAAUUGAUAGACAAAAGCCAGCCUUGUAGCCAUAGUAAAAUGUAGACAAACUACAUCCAGCUUAUUCUAAUGCAGUGCUCCAAGUGACAGUACAGACUUUUUUUUUAAACCUAAUAUCUCCUGUACUUUAAGUUCUCUUUAAUUCAAAUUAAUAGUUAAAUUCUUUUGAAAUAUAUGUUGUUCUAUUCUAAUGCUAAAUGAGGAAGAACUGUACAUACUCACCCUGAAUCUUGUGGUCAAGAUGUUAAAUUGCACUCCACUCUCAGCCAAUCAUCAGCCAGUCUCCUUAUCAAAUAAGAAGGGGAAGAGUUUAUUGUUACUUAAAGUAGGUGGUGUGUUUCCUUUGGCUAGACAAACUGUUUUUAACUGCGUAGCUCAGAGAGAUUACAUGUAUGUCAAGGAUAAUCCUUUUUAUUAAAUCAAAUUACAAAAACCGAAUUACACCACAGAUGACUACACACAAAGAAUGUUGUGAAGCCUGUACAGGAGACGGUGCAGGCAAGGGUCAAGUAAAAGCUGGAGUGGUGGUUUGUGGUUUGUUUUAACCUGCUUUGGUUUGCUUUAUCUAAAACUCCUGCGUACCACACAGGUGUCCAUAAGUGGCUGUAGCUAUGGCAAUCAGUCGUGGUCCUGAAGAGUCUAAUCAGCCACGAUACAUGGAAACAUCUCUGUGUGCGCGUUACCUUGCUCACAGAAAAGUAUUGAGAGCCAAUCCGCACUACUUUUCUGUGACUGACAAAUGACUUAUCACUUGCAUGAAGGAACCACAACCUGCCAAGACAAAUCACAUGAGGUUAAAUACAAAGUAGAGUAAGUAACACUACCUACCACAACUGUUUGACCCACAUGUAAAAUUAUGAUCACAUUUAUGUUUUUAAUAUUGAGAUUUAACUGCCUACUAUGUGCCGAAUAAAUUACCUGAAUGUACUGAA